UGCGAGGAAGAUGAAGAUUUUGGACAAUGGCUUCUGCGGCAUGCUUCUCGACCCCCUGUCCUCAUGCGCGACUUCGCACUUGGGGUGGAUGGAGGGAUGAUAUACCCGACGUUCACCUCGGUCAAUGCUGAAGCCGCCCCUCUUCAAGUAGGCCCUGACGUCAUUCUCGAGGAGGAUACCAGGAUAGGGCAAUGCUGGCGGACUACUGUACCCAGCCAAGUAGGUAUCUCUACGCCAGUUCUGAUUCACCCCUCAAACGUUACCAUUGAUCAUAUCCCCCACGAAAUUGCCGCUGAUAUUCGCCGUGCUCCUCGACAUAUGAUACUGUGGGGUGUAGUAGAUGGAGACUCGAACGAACACCGACUGCGUACGCUAUCAUCUCUUACAUCUCCUCGCAUACUAUCUGGACAUUCUAUCAUCGCACUUGCAGAGUUUGAGUACGGUAUACAUGACGGUGCCCCAGUUCAAACAUUCCCGGUUUUCGAUUAUAUUGCGCUCUCCGGAAUGGACUUUGGUAUCUUCCUCCUCGAUAUUAUGGACAAUUGGGGUGCGUCGGAUGUAUGCAUAUAUCGCGUUAGGAUCCACGGGCAGCCAGCUCAGUAG